AGACGCACAUGUACAGUCAAAGAAAAGGAACUCUAGUUUGAUCAGUGUAAGUCAUUGUCGAUGUUUAAGCCCAGCAUUGAGAGCCGGUAACGCCGUGAUAUAGAAGGAGACGGGGUGGAGCUCAACUCCGGUGGACUCCAGCCCAUUUAACCCCUGAAAAUCAGCCGAGCAGGGGCGCUGUUCGGUUGCUUUAAGGGUUUUAGUUCAGUAAAACUAACACACUUCUUACAAACCUCGACUAAUGAAGUUACACCGCAUAAUAUGAGUGAGUAAUAAAACGCUGAAGAGACGAGGAGAAUUAGGAACCAAAUCAGGGAGCAGCAGGUGUCCGAAAUGGCUCAGGAGCUAAACAAUGCAGAAGGGAUCACGUUAAUCCAUCCGGAAAAAGAUGCAUCAGAGCCAAGAAGUUCAAUGAUAUCCGCGUCUUUUAAUUUUAUCAAUUCCAUUAUAGGAUCUGGGAUAAUAGGUUUACCAUAUGCACUGAAUCAGGCAGGCCUCCCCUUUGGCCUUCUGCUUUUGGUAGUUGUUGCGUUCAUCACAGACUACUCAAUAAUCUUACUGAUUAAAGGAAGCAACCUGUCAGGGACACACAGUUAUCAGUCACUGGUUCAAAGCACGUUCGGUUUCCCUGGAUUUCUGGUUUUAUCUGGACUGCAGUUCCUUUAUCCUUUCAUUGCUAUGAUCAGCUACAACAUCACAACUGGUGACACACUGACUAAAGUAUUUCAGAGAAUACCAGGAGUCGGUCCAGAUCACAUACUCGCAGAGCGUCACUUUGUGAUCUUGCUCUCUACCCUCGCUUUCACGCUGCCGCUCUCGCUUUAUCGAAACAUAGAGAAACUCGGGAAGGUGUCCUUCCUGUCAAUGGUGCUGACAUUUACCAUCCUCAUCAUUGUAAUCAUCAGAGCAGCUACCCUUGGACCCCAAAUCCUCCCUACGGAGAACUCAUGGGCAUUUGCAAAGUGGAAUGCAAUUCAGGCAGUUGGUAUAAUGUCUUUUGCAUUUAUUUGCCAUCACAACAGCUUUCUUAUCUAUGGUUCCCUGGAGCAGCCCACACUGGCUAACUGGUCUCGAGUCACCCACGUGUCUGUAGCCUCCGCACUAAUAAUCAGUGCCGCGUUUGCUGUCGGUGGCUACACCACCUUCACUGGCUACACACAAGGAGACAUAUUUGAGAACUACUGCAAAAAUGAUAACCUGGCAACAUUCGGUCGCUUCUGUUUUGGCCUCAGCAUAAUAACCACAUUUCCACUGGAGUGUUUCGUUACACGAGAGGUGGUGUCCAAUGUGAUCUGCAGUAGGGAUCUUUCCAAGGCUGAACAUGUGGCCAUAACGUUGCUCAUAGUUUCAGUUUGCACGUCGGUGUCUUUAGCCUUUGACUGUCUGGGAGUUGUUCUGGAGCUGAAUGGCAUACUGUGUGCCAUACCUCUGAUCUUCAUCAUUCCAUCUGCUUGCUUCCUCAAACUCUCCACCGGCCGCUGGUUCCAGGGUGAAAACUUGAUACCCUCAAUCCUGAUACUGAUUGGACUCUUUGUCAUGAUCACCGGUUUGAUCAUGAGUGGCCUCUACCCUCAAGACUGUUCACACGGUGUGGAGAUGUUCUACUGUGCAGACGCCAAUGUCUCUGGCACUGUACCACCUGUAUGAAAUACCACCAUGGUUUG